UGUUGCUAGAGCGUAUUCAAAAACAUGGAUGUGAUUGCAAGGUGGCGGUAUGCAAUACUAUUAGGAUUUUUAAUUUCUUCAUUGCCAAAACUGUGCCAGUGCCAGCAGCGGAUAGAGGACACGACGGCCGUCGAGUACAGUGUUAGUAGUAGCACCAGCGUGGGAGUGCAAGAGGACGCGAACAGCAAAGUUGGCUUCGGCUUGGAGAGAACCUUGGCAACGGUGUCGCCGCCGGAUAGCGGAGUUGGCGUUGAAGAUGGCGGUGUCGAAGAAGACACGAACCGCACGCGAGAGGCGCUGUCUCACGACUCCAGUGAACCAGAUUCGGUUGUUUUCAUAGGUGAUACUUCUGGAUAUGUCCCACUUCCUGCAUUAAGAACAAGAGAUUCAUCAUCUGUUCCUGAUGAUGAAUGGCAACAACCAAUUGAGGCUUGGGAUAGAGAAUUUAGAAGAUUUAGAUUUAACAACACCAGGGUUCAACAUAUUGAAGCCGAAUGUCAAGAUGACUAUAUGAAAAUAAGAGUUGGCUUCAACGGGUCCUUCGCAGGAUUAGUUUACUCGGCCGGUUACGCAUACGAUCCCGAUUGCAUGUACAUAAACGGAUCGGGCCGCGAUUACUACGAGUUCUACAUCCAGCUGAACAGAUGCGGAACAUUGGGAAAAAAUACGCACAACGAGGAUAACAGGAAGUCUCCCACAAAAAACUUCAUGUGGAACACCGUCACAGUGCAGUACAACCCCCUGAUAGAAGAAGAAUUUGAUGAACAUUUUAAAGUUACUUGCGAAUAUGGUUACGAUUUUUGGAAAACCGUCACUUUUCCUUUUUUGGAUGUAGAGGUUGCCACUGGAAACCCUGUAGUGUUUACCUUAACCCCUCCAGAGUGUUAUAUGGAAAUAAGAUAUGGAUACGGCACUAAUGGCAACAGGGUUACUGGGCCUGUACGAGUAGGAGACCCAUUGACCCUAAUUAUUUACAUGAGAAGCAAAUACGAUGGUUUUGACAUCGUGGUAAACGAUUGCUAUGCUCAUAACGGUGCAACGAAAAAAAUCCAACUAAUAGACGAAUACGGAUGUCCUGUGGACGAUAAAUUGAUAUCCAGAUUCAGAGGAUCCUGGUCCGAAUCAGGAAUCUACGAAACACAAGUUUUUGCGUACAUGAAAACUUUCAGAUUCACCGGAUCACCAGCUCUGUAUAUUGAAUGCGAUGUCCGAAUGUGUCAUGGAAGAUGCCCAAGCCAACCAUGCCACUGGAGAAACGUAAAAACAGUAAGAAAAAGGUCCAUUCCCAAUGACACAGUAACAUCAAACCCAGCACCUCUAUCUGAAAAUAUAAACUUGUUCCAAUCCAUAAGAGUUCUACAGGAAGGAGAAAUAGAAGAGGAUACAAACUCAACCACAACAUCCUCAAAAUUGGAGUCCAACAGCGUCUGCUUAAAAACAGGCUGGUUUUCGGCCCUGUUGGCCCUAGGCGGUGGCGCCAUGUGCCUCCUAGGGGGCGCUCUGCUGGCAACAUGCACGCGCAUGCGCAGGACGGCGCUGGAGAAGGUUUUGGCCCAGAGUCAAUUUAACGGUUACAUGAAUCACAAGGGAUGCAUUAAUUAAGGGACUUAAGUGCUUGUGUGUGAAUGAAAAAACAUUUUUUGCGUGUUCUGGCCUUAUUGUAUGUGAUUUUUACGGAAAAUUAGUUGCCAAUAUCUUAAUUUAAAUAUAUAUAAUCAUUUUAUAAGAAAACAGUAUUAAUUUAGUCCUUAUAGACAAAGACAAUUGUUAAAUACCUAGGUGAUUCUAUUCAGUUCAUAACAUAAGAAUUUAUUUUAGUAACUUAUAUUUUAGUUUUGCAUGAUAUUUUUAGUUUUGAAUACGCAUUGGUGUAUUUUUAAAUUAAUUUAUACACAUACAUGGAGAAUUAAGGACAUCUAUUAAAAAUAUAGGUAUAAAUUUGCCGCUUACUUCUUCUGUAUGUGUUCAAGAUAUUUGAUACAAAUAAUGGUAUUUAUACCAAAUAUCUAAAUUGUAAAUAAAAAUCUAAUUGUAAGGAACAUUUUUC